CCGGUAUUAGGAGGUUGCACCCCCGGUCCGAUAGUUCCUUCUCAUCCUUUCCCAGUAUCACAAUUCAGGACGGGCUCCAUAAUGGCCCUGGCUGCUUUGAAGACGGAGCUCAAGACAUGGAAUGCAGCACUGGAGGCAAAUGAUGCCGGAAACUUCACCGAGGCUCUGGUGCUGUUCCAAGAGAUUGCUGAUACGUCGAAGAUUUGGGUAAACAUGGGUCUAAUACAGAGAAGAAUCGAGCGGUACAAUGAAGCGGUCAGGUCCUUGACUAGCGCAAUUGCGUUAGAUCCGUCCUUGGUGCUUGCGUACUAUGAACGUGGCGUAUGCUAUCAUGCGCUGAACAAGUGCUCUCAGGCGCUGGAUGACUUUAUCAAAGCAGAAUCACGAAUGAAGGGAAGCAGCGCGGUACACUACGAUGAAACCGGCCUUGCUUUCACUCUCCAUCUUGCAGAAGUCCAAUUCAAUAAGGGCUGUGUGCUGAUACAAUUAGGGCGUCAACCAGAGGGUAUUGCUACUCUGCGCAAGACCAUAUUUCUCAAAGCCUUGCAUGCUGAUCGCGUCAUACAAGGGGUACACGUCGACCCCAGUAGACUUCUUAGGCUGCUGAGAGUCCCCCCUGGGAGACUCUAUCGACCCACCGACAGCAAAAUCAAGUUCCUGGAACAAUACGACAUGGAUAUUUACACCUAUGCCGACGACAAAUUUGCCACAUCGUCUCGCAAAGCCUCCGGCUCGUUCUAUAGCCACAGAUCCGACGCCUCGAGCACCUGCGCCCCGAGCUUUGAUAGUUUUCCCUCCUCUCCUAAGAAGUGGGGUUAUCAUCGUCGACACACAUCGGAAUCGUUGCCGCCCACGCCACAGAUCAGUCGAACGGAACUCAACAAAGCGAUGGGGCCCGACAUGACGACGCCAACAACAGAUAUCACUACGAUACCAUGUGCAGGUUUACGGAUCUCACACGGUAAACUAGCAGGUCUCAUGGGCUGGCGCUUCGCCGUAGAGCUUGACACCUCACCGAGCUCAAAAUACAGCGGCACCCCGCGGAAGUCUGUCGUUACCAACUUCAUUCUCGAUACGGGUAUCGGAAAGUCGCAUGUCCCUGCCGAAACCCUUAUGGUGCUGGGAUAUUCUGGGAGUUUGAAACCCGGAGCCGAAGUGGCAUUGAGAAUACAGGGAAUCCGCACAAAGUGUCUGAUUGCACAUGAGGGAGAAGCUGGGAGGUUGUGCGGCCAGUUUUUGACCUCGGGAUCUCUCACCUUGUACUUCGACACCAAGCUGGAUGCCCCCGUGCUUUACGGUAAGCAGCUCCAAUUGGGUAAAUGUAUUCGACACUCAUCUCUUCAAGUCGCCGAUGACAAUCCAGAUGCUGCCAGCAUUCCUCGGACAAUACAGCCUCUCU